GCGACUCAGUUCGUAGCUGAGCUCGGAACCAGGCGCUUCCGGCUGCAGUGGAUUGCUGCAGUUAGUGAGACAAACGCUUGUCCAAAACUCUGUUAGCUCGUGUGCCAAACUCGCGUUCUUCCAGCUGAGGCGGUUUGGCCAUCAGUCGUUGACACAUGAAUGCCAGAUUCCUAGCGAUCGUGCAGGAGUUCCAGAGACACCCGGCCAGCACCCCACUAGUGCUAAUUAGUCGAUCAACAGCAGCAGCAACCGCAGCGCAGCAGCCCUUUACCUCCCAUCCAACAUCAGUGUAAGCUAGUGUAUUGUGUAGUGUUUGUGUUUUGAGGAAAACCCCUCGAAGUUGUGCUCACAUUUCGUCGAUAUCGUAACUGAGAAACGCAUUAGUGAAAAGCAGAUAGUGGCUUUAGUCGAAUUCGAAACCACCCUUCCCUUCAGGCCCACAUGAAAUUACGGACAACGUGAUACGCGAUAAGCCGAAUCUCGUCCUUGGGCCCCUUGGAGGUCGGCUAAGUAAGUGAGUGCGUGGGUGCGUGCGUGUAUGAGUGGCCAGGCUGUGUUUGUGAUAAGAAAAAAUUAGUAACGUAUCCGAAUCGCAACAAAAAAGGAGAACGCAGUAGGCGUAUUAAGGAUAUUGUGUACAUUCCCGUAACGAGAAAAAGAGUUCCGGUAUACCUGCUGACCGAGCAUUACUCGGACGAAUCAUGGUGCUAGCCGAGCUACUGAACCCGUCGCCGGAACAGGUGGCCGAACUGCGACAACUGUUCAAGGAGAAGCUGGAGAAAGAUGCCGCCAAAGUGCCAGUCGGUGGAUUCCAUGAGCACGAUAUGAAGUGGGUCUUUGAGACUGACAUGUGGUUGAAAAAGUUUUUGGAAAACAACGACGCUGUUAUGAAGGACUCUUUGAAGCAGCUCUGGGAAACCAUAGAAUGGCGGAAAACAUCUGGCAUCAAUGACAUACGGGAGGAUAACAUCCGGAUGGAGUAUAUCAACGAUGGUCUUAUGUUUCCACGCGGUCGCGACGUAGAUGGAAAGACAGUGUUCAUCUUCAAAUCAAAGCUAUACGUUCGGGGGUCCCGUAAUUUGGACGAUCUAAAAAAGUGCUUCCUCUACUGGAUUGAACGAAUCAUUCGCGAAGCGAAUGACGACCUGGUGACGAUCGUGUUCGAUCUGACUGAUGCUGGACUGAGUAACGUAGAUAUGGAUUACACAAAGUACAUCAUCAACACCUUAAAGAAUUACUAUCCAUGUUCGGUAAACUACAUUCUCAUUUACGACCUACCAUGGAUACUGAAUGCUACAUUUCAAAUCAUCAAGAAACUGCUACCUGCCAAAGCCGUCGAUCGGUUAAGAAACAUUAACAGCAAGAACAUUAGCGAGUAUAUUGACGAGGAUAACAUGCUAAAGAGUUGGGGUGGCAAGGAUGAUUACGUGUUUAAGUUCAUCCCGGAAAGCCAGCACACAAAAUUAGAGCCUCUCGAACUCCAGCUGACGCAGUCCAGCAAUGGUGUUGCCAAUGGAUUCCUGUCCAAAAAGGUGCACUUUGCGAACCUCAGCCCCCCCGAAACGCCAAUGAACGAAUCGGCCAAUAGUUUCCCAGAGCAUAACGACGGCGAAAUGUUGCGAAUCAAUCCACCGAACAUCAUCAUUUUCGCGAAAUCUGGAAACGAUCUGGUAGGAACGGUGGAGAUUACCAAUGUAGACAGCAAGCCCGUGACGUACAAGGUGAAAACGACGGCUCCGGAAAAGUUCCGCGUGCGUCCAAGCACGGGAAUUCUGUUGCCGUCGGGAACUGUUACCAUCAACGUCGUGCUGCAGCAUGGCCAGCAGGUUAAUAUCAUCAAUCGAGAGAAGUUUUUGGUGAUGUGUAUGGGGCUUACUAGUGAUAUGUCGAGCAAUCCGCAGGAUUUAAUCGAACUAUGGAAGAACACCUCCACCAGGAGUGCCAACCUUGAGCAGCACCGGUUAAAGUGUGCGUUACCGGUUAAUUUCGAUGAGAGUGGCUUGGAGCCCAUGUUUGCCGGAGCGGGAGUCGGGAGCGGAACGGACAUGCUAGGAGCUGGUGCUGCUGCUGGCGGACCAAAUGGCACGGGAGCUGCAGGAAACAAUCAGAUUUAUUAUUCGCUCUCCGUGAUCAUGAGCCGAAUGGAUCAUUUGGCUCUGUUAGCCAAACGAAACCAGAAGCUGCAGUGGCUGACUUGUGCUCUGUUUCUGUUGCUCUCGCUGGCCAUUGUGUACAUAUUGAAGGUGGAAAUUAAGAAUAAUGCCUCUCAGUAUUGUACCAGCGCAGAGCUUAACUAGGGCUCGCUAAGAAUGAAUGCUAAGCAGCGCAUGGAGAGGCAUCGAUUCUAAAUGAUUGUCUUUUCGCUGCUAGAUGUCCGUGCAUGGUGUGCGGGUAAUUGGUGCCAGUUGUUUCAUUCCUGUAUUUUUUCCUUUUUCAUUUCUGUAUGUACUGGGUUCGCUCAAAAGAUAUUCUUUCGUUUGCGCUAAGCCAUGCUGUUACUGCCGUUUUUUCGUUUCGUGUUAUCGUCGUUGAUCCCUCUCUUGUAUUCUUGCUGAGCUAGGGUUAUUUUAGUGCGUAAAAUAAGUCGUAAGGUUCGGUCAUUAUUCACCCCUUCCCACUGAAGGUAGCUGUUUCUGUUGGCAGAGAAAUAAACUUUACAAGAAAACUA